CAAUGAAAAAUACAGCUACUGUUGUUUGAAUCUUCACUCGUCAAGCCCUUCUCUCUCUCUCUCUCUCUCUACUCUGAUCGAAGAGAGAGACAAAGACUGGCGAUGGCGGACGAGACUGAUGAACCCUCCCCUCACCUUACUGGCAUAGUCAUCAUCACUCUACCCCCUCCCGACAACCCUUCCUUUGGUAAAACCAUCACUGCCUUCACUCUCUCCGAUAAUCCUUUUUCUUCUACUACUUCACAAUCAACUCAUCCACCAACCGAUCCUUCUCCUCCGCCGCCGCGUCGUCAGUCUCCGUCUUCGUUGGGGAAUUUCAGCCACCGCCGCCCGAGCACUAUUCUGCCGAUUCUCUGCAUCUGCUUCAUCGCCUUGUACUGCUGGAGCUCAAUCUCGCAGGAGGAAGUCUUUCGGUUGCGCGAUGAUUUUGACAAUGAUGAUGAUGAUGACGGUGAUCACAAAAACAAGUCGCGGACUACGUUUCUGUUCCCCUUGUAUCGGAAGCCUUACGGAGGCAACGGUGAUGUUGAGCUCAAAUUGGGGAGAUUGAGGGGUUUGAAGGAUAGUGCGAUGCCGAUGCGUGCUCCCAAGAUUAAUAAGAAAUCGGCGUCUGCUACUUCUAAGAUUGACUCUGCCUCUGUUAUACCUGUUGGAGGUAACAUUUAUCUUGAUGGGCUGUAUUAUACAUACUUGCAUUUUGGGAAUCCUCCAAGACCUUACUUUCUUGAUAUAGAUACAGGGAGUGACUUAACAUGGGUUCAGUGUGAUGCUCCUUGCACUAGUUGUGCCAAGGGAGCUCAUCCUUUCUACAAGCCAGGGAAAGAUAACAUCAUAUUACCUAAGGAUUCUUACUGCCAUGAACUCCAAAAAAACCAAAUGAGCAAACACUGUGAGUCUUGCCUCCAGUGUGAUUAUGAAAUAGAGUAUGCAGAUCACAGCUCCUCCAUGGGAGUGCUUGCUAGGGAUGAGAUUUCUCUAAACAUUGCAAAUGGUUCUUUAGUCAAGUCAAAAGUUGUUUUCGGUUGCGCGUACGACCAGCAAGGUUUACUUUUGAACACACUGGGAAAGACAGAUGGAAUUCUCAGUCUUAGCAGAGCAAAGAUCAGUCUGCCUUCUCAGUUAGCAAGUGAAGGGAUCACUAAAAAUAUCAUUGGACACUGUCUUGCUACUGACACCGUCAGUGGUGGUUACUUGUUCUUUGGUGAUGACUUUGUGCCCCACUCACAAAUGGCAUGGGUACCAAUGCUUCAGAGCCUUGAUUCGAACUCUUAUCAGGCAGAAAUUAUGGAAGUGAACUAUGGGAGCAGACAAAUUGAUUUGGGUAAUGUUAAAGCCAGACAGAGAAAUAUAAUUUUUGAUACUGGCAGCUCCUAUUCAUACUUCCCAGAAGAAGCAUAUAACAAUCUUGUCACUUCACUUAAUGACAUUUCCAGUGAAAGCAUUGUCCUUGACACAUCAGAUACUUCGUUACCUAUUUGCUGGCGUUCCAAAUCCCCUUUAAGGUCCGUGAAGGAUGUCAAAAUGUUAUUCAAACCAUUAAACCUUCAUUUUAGAAGCAAGUGGUGGAUCCUUUCCAGAAAGCUUCAAAUACCUCCAGAGGGGUACUUGGUGAUCAAUAGAAAGGGAAACGUGUGCUUGGGCAUCCUUAAUGGAAAUAAAGUACACGAUGGAUCCACUUUUAUACUUGGAGAUAUAUCGCUACAAGGUCUACUGUUCGUGUACGACAAUGUAAACAAGAAAAUUGGGUGGGUUCGAUCAGAUUGUGCCAGGCCAAGAAGAUUUGAGAGCAAUUUUCCUAAUCCAGACGUCGGAUUAUGACAAAACACCAGCAUCAAGGGCAUUUCUGUCCUCUGUAGAUAAGAUUAUUUUCCUGCUGCUUCUACACAGUUUUCUUUGUGUAACAUAAUUUAAGACAUCAUUUGAGGAAAAUGGUUGAGAGUUGCAAGUUUUGUUUA